GCGCGGAAACCUACUCACUCGACCAGUGCUCCCACACUCACUCUCUCUGCAAAUCGAGCAUUCAGUGUACACAGCUGAGAGCGCUGUCUGUCUGUCUGUCUGUCUGUCUGUCUGUUUCUAUGUCUGUCUGUCUCUCAUUCAUCCCGGUGAAGGCUGCUCACACUUUCUUCUUCUUCUCCUGUCCACCCCCCCACCUCUUCCCUCCCUGGGAUAUCUUACUUUGUUUAUUGUUCUCCCUCAGCCGUGCCUUUUGGUCGGAGUAGUAGUGGAUGAUAUCAACAGAGCUCCGUUUCUUCCUACCUCCGUCCGCGCUACUACACGGAGCAGAGAGUCGCCAGAGGACACGCGCAUCACGACAGAGAGCAGCGGAGGAGGAGGAGGGAAUUUCUUUUUUGGAAGGGACGGCGCGAUUUAAAAAAAAAAAGAAAAAAAGAAGAAAACAAAAAAUAAAGAAAAUAUCUGCAUUGAGCAUCAACGUUACCACGGACGCUCCGCCUGACGAGUCUCUCGUUAAGUUUUGACGGAUUUUACGGCACAGGUGCGUUGAAGGAUUAAGGACAGGCAGUUGGCGGAUGGUUGACGGUUUUGUGAAGAGGUGUCACUGCCUCUGCGCAAGUCUCAGAUGAAGAUGAAGUCUGCGGGCGUCGUGGAUGGAGGCUUAUUCACAGAGAGCUAUUGUAACAUCUGCAAUGCCCAGCUCAUCUCCGAGUCCCAGCGCACCGCUCACUAUGAGAGUAAGAAACAUGCCAACAAGGUACGCCUGUUCUACAUGCUUCACCCAGAAGAUGGAGGACCACCUUCCAAGAGACUGAGGCCAGAUAACCCAGACUGUGCAGAAACAGAGGUGGACAGGAACAAGUGCUGUACCUUGUGUAACAUGUUCUUCACCUCCGCCAUCGUGGCCCAGUCCCACUACCAAGGCAAAACCCACGCCAAGAGAGUCCGCCUGGUGCUGGGGGAGCCACCCAACCUACCCACAGCCAUGACCAGCCCUACAAACACAGAUUCCUCCCCUUCGACCCCACUGCCCACAGACCCCACUGCGUGCCCCCCUCCUCCCCCCGCCCUGCCUUGGCCCAUGGCGGUGGUCGGCGGAAACGGCGGAAGAGAGGCCGGGAAGUACUGUUGCCUGUGCGGCGCCUGGUUCAACAACCCGCUGAUGGCCCAGCAACACUACGAGGGCAAGAAACACCGCAGGAACGCAGCCAGGGCACGCCUCCUGGAGCAGCUAGCAGGCAGUCUGGAUGCCACGGAGAGCACAGGGCUGCGCAGUAGUUACUCCUGCAGUGUCUGCAGUGUGGUCCUCAACUCCAUUGAGCAGUACCAUGCACAUCUCCAGGGCUCCAAGCACCAGAACAACCUGAAGCAACACCAGCAGUAAGCCACCGAGACAGGCCACUCUGGAAAGAAGAAGAGAUGAAGACGAGAGAUUAUUGGAAAAAAGCAACUCCAGCAAAGUGGACUUGUGUCAGACACCGAAGAGUAUGAGAAAGUAGUGCAGAGUAACUUCAGUGUGUGUGUGUGUGUGUGCGUCUACGUGUGUGUGUGUGUGCGUGCGUGCAUGCGUGCGUGCGUGCGUGCGUGCGUGUGUGUAUAUAUGGGUGUCAUGGGCAUCCAUGCCUGCAUCUGCAGUAUGCAUGUGUGGGUCAUUGUGAGUGUGUUUAUUUCUAUCUUUGAUCUAAAAAUAUAUCUCUGAGAUUUAUUCAGCACCCAAGUGUUUGAUAUGAGUUCUCGACACCAACAGCCGUCAGAAGAACUGCGGCUGCAUAUUGCCAUAUAAUUCCUGUGUGAACCACAAUCCUAAAAUUGAACUGAUGUCGGUACGUUGCCCAGAGAGGUAAUAACCAUUACAAUGAUAGUCAUAGCGCAGCAGUAAUAAUAACUCUGUAACUAGCCGUCCCCCAAGUGCUCUGACAGUGAUCCAGGUCUGAGCACAGUCUUCUGCUUCUACAUGCAUUUCAUAUACAGCGACACUGAUGGUGGCUCAUGCAUGGCUCUCUCUCAGACCACUUGAGACCUACUCAGGCCCACACUUUUAAAAUCCAAGGACAAGAUAACCCACAAUGACCUCAGCCAUUACAGAUUGCAUGAUUUCCAUAACUUUAAAAAACAAGGUAUUUUCAGUUUUAAAUCUUGUGUUGUCUAUAAACGUAGUGUCACUUUUUUUUCAGAUGGUGGAUGUGUCAUUUUGAAAAUCCAUCUUUUUUCAUGUUCCAAAUAAUCAUAAACCUGGAGAUGUGGCAGGGUUACAGUACAGAGGGCAGUGGAGAGAAGCAGCACAAAGACUUUUAAACUCCAGCUCUGAGGUGAUGGUCUGUGCAACUUUGUGACUCAUAUACUGUUGAAAACAUUCCCCCAGCACUGAAUACUGAUGUCAGAUGUAGUCCAGAGGUGACAAAACUUCUCUUCUCUGUUGAGAUGGGCGACAUGUAGAUAAUAUUUUUGUUUUUUUAAAUUUUUCUGUUGUUGCAAUGGCCAGAGAAAAAAUGUCACUCAAAAUCCAUGUAGCAGCCGAUGUACAAUACAACUGGGAUGUAAUUCAAUGCAUGCAAAAUGUAAAACGAUGCAUUCACUUGCCUUUUUGAAACCUAUUGCUUGCGCGUUUUGGCAAUAGCGCUGCUUUCUAGUGAUAGCUUCGUAAUGCAUUACUGCACAUGCUUGCAUCUGAACAAAGAGGUCACACAUUUUUUUUAGUACUGAACAGGACUCUUUGCAACACCUAAUUUAUUCAUCAAAAAAGGAAAACCUUUUAAUAUGUAGAAAUUCAAACAGUCACCGCUGUUUAACACCCCUCCAUCUGUAGUGUCCUCAGAGUGUCUGUAAAGUGAGUUUCAACAAAUGGUUUGUAGCACCAUAAGAUGAGCAAAGAGGAGACCUGCUCCAGUGUCCUGUGCUGUCACCGAGAUCGGCCCAAAGCAGCAUUUUUCUAUGAGCUGGGGAAAGGACUGAGAAACACAGCGCUCAAUGCUAAGCUAUCCGCUGUCAGUUCUUGUUGGUUCAAACUGGGGUUUUUUUUUUUCCUCUGUAAACACAUUUAAAAUGGUUUUAUUUUGUGCUCUGUUCAUUUCACGGUGAAGAGAGUGAACUAUGAAUGACCUGAUUAGAAAUUGUUUUUCUUCUGCAGACAUAUGGAUGAGUAAUGGUUUUUAUGCAAUCACAACGUAGUAUUAACAACCAUAACAAUGUGGUUUUGAAGUGAAAUAGUUUAACAAAGCAAAAAAAAAGUGGUUUGUGUAAAUAAGAAGUAGCUGCAGGCGAAGUUUGUGUUUUAAGAAGUACAAGAGUUUUGUAUUCAUAGUGUUUAUCUGCACUGAGCAACAGGCGAUAAGGGAAAUGUACUUCUUAUGGAUAUUAUUACAGAAAAAUAAAAGUAUGCUGCCACUGAAAUGAGAAUAAACUGUCUUUUGGUGGGUCAUGUUUUCAAUGGAUAAGCAUCAGUGAAAAUUAAGUCAUCCUGAACCGUGGAGUCAGUGAUGAAGGACCAAAAUCCAGCAUGAAGUUAGACAGUGAGUGAUCGUGCUCACACCAAGAGGGAUUUUGAUAACAGCUGUUUUCAUGAGGACAACCACGACCAUCACAAACACCGUCUCCCCAGAGAAACAUCUGACAUGUGACUGUUGCCAGUGGAUUCAUAAAACAACCAAAACAGCAACGCGGGACAACAGACUGUUGGAAUUUAAAAUGACAUCUAAAAUUACCAACCCCCCCCCCCCGUUGUCAGUAAUGCCAUAAGAAAAACACAAAAACAACAAGUCAUUUGGCAUUUUGCGAUGUGCAUCCUGACUGUUUUGAUGAUUAUUUACACUGACUCUCUCCAGCACUGGUGUAUUCACAAUAGAAGCGGUGUCUGUGUGUGUCGAUAUCACAUUCUGUGCAGAGGAUGACUGUGCCAUGAGUCACAUAUUUUAGCAGAUGUUACAUAAUAUUUGACAGAGAUGUAUCUAUGGGUAGGAAUUCUGUGAUACGAUGCUUGUGGGUGGGUGUCUGUGUAUGUGAAGCUGUCAACUGCACUGGCAGUGGGAGACUCGCUGUAAGCUGUGUACUGUGAGCACAUUUGUAAACACACCUUAUGAAUACAAUGAAGAUGACAACUAUAUCUAUUUUCUCUUGCAAAAUCCA